AUGAGUGAUGCUGGGAGCACACCUUCCAAUAUUGUCCUGUUGAACAUGCCAAAUGAUAAGCUAUCUUUUGAUGAAAAGUCCAAGGUGACAGCAUUUGUUGCAUCGACAUCAGUGUCCGAGUCAAAGGCAAUAACAGAGUUGAAGGAUAAUAGGUGGAGAUUGGAUGAAGCUAUCAAUUCAUACUUCUCAAAGCCAGCAAAUAUACCAAAGGAGGUCAAUGUAUCAAGCAUUGAGACCUUGUUCAACAAGUACACAGACGAAGAUGAUCGCGACAAGAUAUCAGGCGAGAACCUACAGCGUCUGUGCCGCGACCUCAAGAUCGAGAGUGAGCUGCUCGAGUUGGCUUUCUCGUGGAAGUUGCGCGCCAAGACCCUGGGCGAGGUCACCAAGACCGAGUUCAAGAACGCCUUGAUCUGUUUGCGCGCUGACUCGCACGACAAGCUGCGAUCAGAGAUGUCCAAGCUGGCGACAGUCGUUGGCAACGCCCAGUCGUUCAAGGAGUUCUACUGCUACAUCUUUGACUAUGGCAUGCAGCCCAACCAGCGUGUGCAGUCCCUGGACAUGGCCAUUGGUCUCUGGGAGGUCGCACUCACCGCCAAGUACAAGGAUCUGAAGCACUGGUGUGAGUUCCUGCGACAGAAGAACCAAGGUGUCUCGCGAGACACCUGGAACCAAAUGUUGGACUUUGUUCGUAUUGUCAACGAUGACAUUACAAAGUAUGAUCCAGAAGCAUCAUGGCCAACUUUGAUUGAUGAGUACGUUGAGUACUUGAGCACUGCCAAGGCGUAG